AGGGCACAGCGCCCUGCAGCGCAGGCGACGCAAGGUUGCAGAGGCAGUGGGGCGCCGACCACGUGGAAGCUGAGCCACCACCUCCCACUCCCCGCACCGCCCCCCAGAAGGACGCACUGCUCUGAUUGGCCCGGAAGGGUUCAGGAGUUGCCUACCCUUUGGGCUCGGGGCCAAAGGCCGCACUUUCUUCCAGCGGCCCCGGGCGACCGGCGCGCUCCGGCCUUGCCGCCGCCACCUCGCGGAGAAGCCAGCCAUGGGCGCCGCCGGCUCCUUCGCGCUGGCGCGCUUUUUCCUCCUCGCGCAAUCCCGGCCCGGGUGGCUCGGGGUCGCCGCUCUGGGCCUGACCGCGGUGGCGCUGGGGGCUGUCGCCUGGCGCCGCGCAUGGCCCACGCGGCGCCGGCGGCUGCUGCAGCAGGUGGGCACCGUGGCGCAGCUCUGGAUCUACCCUGUGAAAUCCUGCAAGGGGGUGCCGAUGAGCGAGGCGGAGUGCACGGCCAUGGGGCUGCGCAGCGGCAACCUGCGGGACAGGUUUUGGCUUGUGAUCAACCAGGAGGGAAACAUGGUUACUGCUCGCCAGGAACCUCGCCUGGUCCUGAUUUCCCUGACCUGCGAUGGUGACACCCUGACUCUCAGUGCAGCCUACACAAAGGACCUACUACUGCCUAUCAAAACGCCCGCCACAAAUGCAGUGCACAAGUGCAGAGUGCACGGCCUGGAGAUUGAGGGCAGGGACUGUGGCGAGGCCGCCGCCCAGUGGAUAACCAGCUUCCUGAAGUCACAGCCCUGCCGCCUGGUGCACUUCGAGCCUCACAUGCGACCGAGACGUCCUCAUCAGAUAGCAGACUUGUUCCGACCCAAGGACCAGAUUGCUUACUCAGACACCAGCCCAUUCUUGAUCCUUUCUGAGGCGUCGCUGGCGGAUCUCAACUCCAGGCUAGAGAAGAAAGUUAAAGCAACCAACUUCAGGCCCAAUAUUGUAAUUUCAGGAUGCGAUGUCUAUGCAGAGGAUUCUUGGGAUGAGCUUCUUAUUGGUGAUGUGGAACUGAAAAGGGUGAUGGCUUGUUCCAGAUGCAUUUUAACCACAGUGGACCCAGACACCGGUGUCAUGAGCAGGAAGGAACCGCUGGAAACACUGAAGAGUUAUCGCCAGUGUGACCCUUCAGAACGAAAGUUAUAUGGAAAAUCACCACUCUUUGGGCAGUAUUUUGUGCUGGAAAACCCAGGGACCAUCAAAGUGGGAGACCCUGUGUACCUGCUGGGCCAGUAAUGGGAACCGUAUGUCCUGGAAUAUUAGACGCCUUUUAAAAAUAUUCUCAAAAAUGACAACACUUGAAGCAUGGUGUUUCAGAACUGAGACCUCUACAUUUUCUUUAAAUUUGUGAUUUUCACAUUUUUCCUCUUUUGGACUUCUGGUGUCUCAAUGCUUCAAUGUCCCAGUGCAAAAAGUAAAGAAAUAUAGUCUCAAUAACUUAGUAGGACUUCAGUAAGUCACUUAAAUGACAAGAGAGGAUUCUGAAAACUCCCCGUUUAACUGAUUAUGGAAUAGUUCUUUCUCCUGCUUCUCCGUUUAUCUACCAAGAGCGCAGACUUGCAUCCUGUCACUACCACUCAUUAGAGAAAGAGAAGAAGAGAAAGAGGAAGAGUAGGCGGGCUGGAAGAAUGUCCUAGAAUGUGUUAUUGCCCCUGUUCAUGAGGUACGCAAUGAAAAUUAAAUUGCUCCCCAAAUAUGGCUGGAAUGCCACUUCCCUUUUCUUCUCAAGCCCCGGGCUAGCUUUUGAAAUGGCAUAAAGACUGAGGUGACCUUCAGGAAGCACUGCAGAUAUUAAUUUUCCAUAGAUCUGGAUCUGGCCCUGCUGCUUCUCAGACAGCAUUGGAUUUCCUAAAGGUGCUCAGGAGGAUGGUUGUGUAGUCAUGGAGGACCCCUGGAUCCUUGCCAUUCCCCUCAGCUAAUGACGGAGUGCUCCUUCUCCAGUUCUGGGUGAAAAAGUUCUGAAUUCUGUGGAGGAGAAGAAAAGUGAUUCAGUGAUUUCAGAUAGACUACUGAAAACCUUUAAAGGGGGAAAAGGAAAGCAUAUGUCAGUUGUUUAAAACCCAAUAUCUAUUUUUUAACUGAUUGUAUAACUCUAAGAUCUGAUGAAGUAUAUUUUUUAUUGCCAUUUUGUCCUUUGAUUAUAUUGGGAAGUUGACUAAACUUGAAAAAUGUUUUUAAAACUGUGAAUAAAUGGAAGCUACUUUGACUAGUUUCAGAUCUUACUAACUUCUUGGCACAAAGUUAGACUGUGAAAGCUGACUGAGGCUGGGCACAGGGGCUCAUGCCUGUAAUUCCAGCACUUUGGAAGGCCAAGGUGGGAGGAUGGCUUGAGCCUAGGAGUUUGAGACCAGCCCAGAAAAUAUAAUGGGAUCCUGUCUCUACAGAAUUUUUUUAAAAUGCACUCGGUGUGGUGGUGUGUGCCUGCAGUCCUGGCUAUGGCUACUUGGGAGGAUGAGGUAGAAGGAUUGGUUGAGCCCAGGAGCGGGAGAUUGAGGCUGCAGUGAGCUAUGAUUGCACCACUACACUCCAGCCUGAGUGAUAGAGUGAGACCCUAUCUCUAAAAAAGAAAAAGGAAAAAAAAAGAAGGCUGACUGAGGUGAAUGGGCAAAGCCAGUAAUUCUGACACCUGACCACAGCUGGGCCUUCUGCAUAAUGGACCUGCUCACCCACAGCCUCCCAGGCAAGCACCCACCUUUGAAGGACUAUCAAGUCAACAUACUUUUUACCAAAAGCUGCACAUUUUUCACUUUGAUUUUAUAAAAGAGGUCAGUAAUCGCUGAAAUCUAGCUGAGCCCUGAAGUAAAGUUCUGAGCAAAGAGGUG